CCCCACCCGCCCAACCCGCGAGCCCGCGGCCGCCCCGACUCCGGAAGGAUUCGGCCGAGCGGCCGGAUGUGACGCUACGGCCCAGGCGCUCGGGAGGCCGCGGAGAAAGCGACGAGAAGGCGGGCCCGGCCCGAGGUCUGGCAGCCAGCGACAGAGCCGGGCGCCCACGGCCCGAGCGCCCCCGGCAGCACCAUGCCUGCGCUCCUGGAGCGCCCCAAGCUUUCCAACGCCAUGGCCAGGGCGUUGCACCGGCACAUCAUGAUGGAGCGGGAGCGCAAGCGGCAGGAGGAGGAAGAGGUGGACAAGAUGAUGGAACAGAAGAUGAAGGAAGAGCAGGAGAGAAGGAAGAAAAAGGAGAUGGAAGAGAGAAUGUCACUAGAGGAAACCAAGGAACAAGUAAGCAGUCUCUUCAUCUCUCCUAGCUCUUUCUUCUCUUGGCUCUCCUGCCUUCACCUUCUCUCCCCUCCCCAGAUCCUGAAGUUGCAGGAGAAGCUUUUAGCCCUACAGGAAGAGAAACAUCAGCUUUUCCUGCAGCUCAAGAAAGUUUUACAUGAGGAGGAAAAACGGAGGCGAAAAGAGCAGAGUGACCUGACCACUCUGACAUCAGCGGCAUACCAGCAAGGCCUGACCGUUCACACUGGAACUCACCUCCUCAGCAUGCAGGGGAGCCCUGGAGGACACAAUCGCCCAGGCACCCUCAUGGCAGCAGACAGAGCCAAACAGAUGUUUGGACCCCAAGUGCUUACGACCCGGCACUACGUGGGCUCAGCAGCUGCUUUCGCAGGGACCCCAGAGCAUGGGCAAUUCCAAGGCAGCCCGGGCGGCGCCUAUGGGACUGCUCAGCCCCCACCUCACUAUGGACCCACACAGCCUGCCUACAGUCCUAGUCAGCAGCUCAGAGCACCUUCCGCAUUUCCUGCAGUACAGUACCUGUCUCAGCCACAGCCUCAGCCCUAUGCCGUGCACAGCCACUUUCAGCCCACCCAGACAGGGUUCCUCCAGCCUGGUGGUGCCCUGUCCUUGCAAAAACAAAUGGAACAUGCCAACCAACAGACGGGCUUCUCUGACUCAUCCUCCCUGCGCCCCAUGCAUCCCCAAGCUCUGCAUCCAGCCCCUGGACUCCUGGCCUCACCCCAGCUCCCUGUGCAGAUGCAACCAGCAGGAAAGUCGGGCUUUGCAACCACCAGCCAGCCUGGCCCUCGGCUCCCCUUCAUCCAGCACAGCCAGAACCCGCGAUUCUACCACAAGUGACCAUCAGAUUUGAUCUUCAACCUUGCCCCCAGCCCCUGCCGUGGGGGAGGAUCCCUGGUGUGUCCUAGUCCCAGGCCAAUAAAAUCUACCUGCCACUGA